GAAUCGCAGCGGAUCGGUUCGGAUCGGGUCUGGGCAAAAAGUAUAAAGUCGAACCGGCGACAGUCGCAGUUAACUAAAGCAACGAAACGGACGUUCAACGACAACAAAGAAAUACUCAAGAAAAAUGGCCAAGUUUAUGCUGUUGUUGUUGGCUUUGAUUGGCGUCUUUGUGACUUUUACAGUGGCGUCUGGCGACUGCCCCUCAUCGACCAAGGUGACGAACUGCACGCCCAAAUGCCUGCACGACAGCGAAUGCAGCGCCAUUGGUGGUAAAUGCUGUCCAAAUCUAUGCAAUGGACGCAGUUGUGCAUCGCCCAACUUGCUGGGCAACUCGGGCGCUAACAGCUCACCCUUUGGCAGCAAGAAUUCUGGCGCCUCGGGCAGCUACUGUGGCAACGUGAAAUGCGGCAGCUUCGAGAAAUGCGAAACAGAUCGCAGCACCAAGCGGCCCAAAUGUGUGCGCUCCUAACGGGUGGCUCAGUUCAAUGCUCAGCUUGUUUUUUCUCUUAAUAUAUAUGCUUGAAAUAUCCGAA